CAUCGUGAAGCUCAUAUUGUACUCCACGAAUCGAAGUGACAUUAGGUGGCCGCUACGCACUAUUGCCUCUCCAACAGUCCGUACUACACUCGUUUCCGGUAAACCAACCCACCCCUCUGUUUUUCCCUCAUAUUUUGUUCUUUUUGCAAUUUUCUCUCUCCCUCGCUCGCUUUUAGCUCAGGUGUGCUGGAAGGAAAGGCUCAGUCUACUGUAUCAACUGCACCGGGUUCAGUCGCAAUUCGGGACUAGCACCAGAACACACUGUACGACCAACCAUCAGUCACCCAUAGCUGGCUUUCAAAUCCUUCGCAAGUGCACGACCUCUCCAUUCCUUGCUUGCUUCUCAUUCACCUUCUUGCUCGCCUACGCACGCCGACGUGUCUCCGCAUCCACUCCUCAGUUCAUUGACAAAAUAUUUGGAUUUUGCUGCCAAGAAAUCCUGAUCGACACUUUCUUUCUAGACGCGAUACGUCACAGGUCGCUUGCCAGUUGUAAAGAGAAAAGUUUUAUGCCCCCUUCUUCCGAUCUUGGUUCAUUCAUAGAGAGUUGAGACAGUGUAGGCUUCAGAUGUUCUCGAUUUUGGGUCUCUGAGAAACACGGAGGCAAACCUCAAACGUCAACGAUAAAUUCAUAGAUCAAGAUAUUAGAUCUACCACUUGAUCAUCGAAAUCAUUCUCAACAUUAAUUGAGACGGCUUCAGGGUUCGACAGAGACCUAGGAUUUUGUUUUGAUAAAAACAGCUCUUUAAGAGGAGAAUGGUGAUUUUGAAAUAAACUUUUCUUUCUUCUGGAUGUGGAUGCUAAUUACUUAGAAGGUGUCUGGUAAAAAGAGAGGAGCCAUCUUCAGUCACUGAGCUGCUGAUAUCCAAAGGAUUUAAACUGGUUGUAGCGGUUGGGAGAAUUUUACAAGUUUGCAGUUCAUUAAACCUGAUAAAAUAAGAAUGCAUUGCCAAAUGAGGAUAACGCUGUUCUGCUUCCUGUAUGUCAUCUCCAUAACGACAAGCAGCUCUCUCCCGAAGAGCGCGCAUCCCUCGGCGAACAGGAAACACAUGGACCUCACCGUCAGAUCUGUCAAGGAAGCAGAGAUGGAAACCAAAUCCUUGACCAAAAUAGAUUCGGGAGCGAUAGCCGACUUUCCAUCGAUAGACGAAGAGUACAGUAAUAGUAUCAUCGACGAUGGACCGAUUUACACAUGCGAAGAAAUAUUCCAGAUGACCGACUUCAACGAGGACGGGCGCGUUACGGAGGCCGAGUACAGACUUGCCAACCCUAACAUGACAGAUAUGGAAGUGUCCAUCGUGUUCCAGAGGUACGACCCGGACUGCGAUGGCAAUAUCUACAUCGAGAACCUCUGCGGGGAUGUCGUCGAUGAGACCGGGAUAGACAUCGGGAUGGGCGUGGCUGGCCAGCUGCCGGACCCAAUGGAAGUUAACUGCAGAACACUGUCGAUGCAGAUUUGUGAUAAGGAGUCAUUUCUGGUCGUUUGGGAACAAAUCGAGGCAGAAGAAACAGCAGAUAAUACACUUUGCAAAGCUCUACAGACGCACAUCGAAUGCGUAAGCCGGGAAAACGAGUACUGUGACCUGGACGACUACGUUGCCGAUGUCAAGCAGACCGUAGCCAGCUUUAUCCGUUCAGGAAUAUGCCCAGGCAUUCAUGUGAAUGAGGAGACAGUGUCAGGGAUCCCGUCUUCAGGAGUGAGACUAGUCCGAUCAGCGAAGAACGGUCAUAGGUCAAGAUCCAGCAAUAGUUUGAGGAACACGGACGUGGACCCCACCACCCUGCUCAGGUCAUCGCACACGUGUUUGAGAUCGACAAUGGAACCCUGCAAUACGAACUUUAUCUCAUCACUACGAUCAGGAAACAUCGAUCCCUGCGAAACGCUGAUCGAGUACAGACGUUGCUCGCGGAAAUCAACGCGGAGAUGUCAAGACAGGACCAACGCCAUGCGCAUCCGGGACGGCAUCAAAUCCAUUACGCGCGCGCACAGAAGGGCGAAGUUGUGCGUACAAUAGACAUCAUUAUUGACAGAGAGAAAGCGACGUAGAACAAAGCCGCAAGAACUUUGAAACUGUAUAUUUGACUCCAUGACUUCUGAGGAAGUGUGGCGAAACUCGAGGACUUCAACGUAUUAUGAUCUCCAUGACACCUUGUAAAGGACAGCAUCAGCGCAUUGGGUCCAAGCGUUCCCAUGACAACUCCUCCAUCGAAACGAUGUGGAUUGAUGCAAACUGUGCCUAAGGGUAUACGAAAGACUAUAGAGGAGCUGCGGCUGUCCGACUGGUACGAGAAUUACGAGCCAGGAUCCGCCGAGCGAACGAAUCACACAUCUUCAACGAUUAUCAACGGUCGCCAUGGUUAUUGUAAUGAAAAUAAGAGGUUUAAAAUCUACCAAGUGUAUGGUAUCGGUUGUACUGCCUCAUACGAAGUUGACUUGCGAAUGAGAAAAAAAGACGCUAUCUGGCAAGAGGCUGCUAGUCAUAGGCGCCAUCUUACCUCAACAAAACAUGUUAGUAUCAUAGCAACAGUAUUCAUUUUGUGUUCAUCUAUGUAGCUAGAUCCCGAUCAAAUACGAGUGUGACUCAAAUCUGUACAUGAUCAUGGAUUUCUGCAGGGCAUAAAGGUAUAUUUUGUGUAUCUAUAAGUAGGGAUCACUGUGUUUCAUUAAUGGUAUCAUGUAUAUUCUCCC